GGCCGUUCCCCUCGGUCGACGGCUCCCCCGCAAUGAUACCUGUUUUUCUCGGGUUUUACUUUUAAUCUCCGAGCGCCUGUAACAGUGGCUAUCCAUACUAGGCCAUGCACCUUUAUUGGUCCGAGAUAGGCUCUUCCAGAAGUUCCAUCCAGAGCCUAGAACUGAAUUGCAAAUUGAUGCACGGGCUCUUGUAAAUCUGCGGUUGAUAUUUCGGCGGAUCCCCACAAUAUCGACUGUAUUUCAACCUCUAUAAGUGUUCCUCACUUGCAGUGAUUUCACCAUUUUCUGUUUCUUCAACUAGCACACCCACCCACCACGUACUCAUACCUUCCGAAAGCAAGAUCCAAAAAAUGACAGAACUCAGCAGCCAAAAGAUCGAAUACCGCCGUGUUGGGAACUCCGGCUUGAAGGUCUCCGUUCCGAUCCUUGGAGCCAUGGGGUUCGGGAAUAAACUCUGGCAGCCAUGGUGUGUGGACGAAGGGGCGUCAUUGCAGGUGCUGAAGGCUGCCUACGAUCUCGGAAUCAAUACCUGGGACACGGCAAACACCUAUUCCAACGGAGAGUCCGAAAGAAUUAUCGGGAAGGCUAUUAGGAAGUUUAAAAUUCCAAGGGACAAGCUAGUCAUUAUGACAAAGUGUUAUUGCGCCGCUGGGGAUGAGCCGGGAAUGCAGAGCUAUAUGAUGCCCGAGUUGAAGUUUCGGAAAGAUUAUGUUAAUCGGCUUGGGCUUUCACGGAAGGCUAUAUUCUCAGAGGUCAAUUCUUCCCUGGAGAGGCUGGGGUUGGAAUAUAUCGAUUUGCUCCAGAUUCAUCGGUGUGAUCCUGAGACGCCGCCGGAGGAGACUAUGGAAGCGUUACAUGACCUUGUCAAGAGUGGGAAAGUCCGAUACAUCGGUGCCUCAUCUAUGUGGACGUGGCAAUUUUGCCUCUACCAGCAAACCGCAGAACGCAACAACUGGACAAAAUUCAUCUCAAUGCAGAACCAAUAUUCCCUCGUAUACCGAGAGGAAGAGCGUGAUAUGAUACCUUACUGCCGCGCAACCGGCGUCGGAAUAAUCCCCUGGGCGCCUCUAGCGCGCGGGCACCUAACCCGCCUCCCGGCUGCGGAAACAGACUCCGAACGAAACCACAUGGAGAAAGAAUGCGAGGGCGCGGCCUUCUUCGCUGUGGGAUCGUCAGAAGCAGAUAAGAAGACCAUUUCUCGCAUCAAGGAGGUUUCGGAUAACAGGGGGUGGACUAUGGCUGAGGUUGCGCUAGCCUGGAUUUUGGGGAAGGAUACUACGCCGAUUGUGGGAAUGGCGAAGGUGGAGAGGGUAGCGGAUAUGGGGGGGCUGAAGGGAAAGAGUUUGGAUGAGAGUGAGAUGGAGUAUCUGGAGGAGCUGUAUGUUCCCAGGAAGGUUUCCGGACAUGUUUAGCUUGGCGGGGGCCCUGUGAUGCGCAGAUUUACCCUUUGGGGACCGUAAUAUUAUACCAUGUCCCCACAUGGCUUACUUUGUGUAUAUCCCUGUAAUCCAUGGGGACAUAUACAACAAAGCAAUCGGAUAGA